GCGGCCGCCUCUGGCCCGCACGCGUGGGGGUUCUCUGUGGGAAGAGCUGAAACCCCCGGUCGGAAUGCCUGGGGGUUGGUAGAGCCGUGUUUUCGGCGGGACAAGCGGGCGCCUCUCCGUGUCCCCAGGAUGGAGCGGACGCACCAGCUGGAGCUGUUCCCUAACUACAACGUCACGCUGCUUCUCUUCCGACACGUGAAAAAUGCCGCUGCUCUACGGAAAAAAGCCAUGGAAGGAUCCCUCGAAGGAGCACUGAUAAACCCUGCGAUGAUUGUAGAUCCUUUUCAAAUUCUCGUGGCAGCCAACAAAGCAGUACAUCUACAACAGAUAGAUAAAAUGAAGACCAGAACUCUCUAUGCAGAAAUUAUUUUCAACCUUUCACCAAACAACAAUAUUUCAGAUGCAUUUAAAAAGUUUGGCAUUUCAGACAGUGACACAGCAGUACUCAUUGUUCUGCUGGAUAGCUACAAAACUGUAAAUCUGGAAGAUAUAGCAUCACAAGUGGAAGGCCAACAGGUUUCUCUAGAUGAACUCCCCCACCUAACAGACACUGCCAGAGUUAAAAAGAUAUACAAAGUUACUCCGCAAGAAGAAAAAAUCAGCACCUUAUUGGAUAGUGUUGUUUGCAGAAUGUCAACGAAAGAUGUCUUAUGAAAAUGUGGAAAUACAUUUUUUAAAAGGAAAAAGGACUUUUUAAGGUGUAAAAAACACUUCAUUGCAGUUCAUCUUGCAUUUCAGAGAAAGUGGAGUAGCACUGAGUAGUUUGAUGACAUCUGAUCUUUAACCAAGCUUGGAUACCAAGCUUAGUAAUCUUAUCUGUGUUCUAAGCACAGAGAGCAAUUCCGCCAUGCAAAGCAGAAUUUGCCGUUGGUAUUUCUGUCCUUUUUCUUGACAAGGGAAAAUUGCCAGUGCUCUAAGCUGAACAUAAACAGAAGGAUUGGAAAUCUCUACUUACUUUUCUCUUUUAUCAACAAUGUUUUGCCAGACAGGAUUCAAACAUUCUAAAUAAUUUUUAUUAACCCUCCCCGAUUUGUUUUUUCGGUACACCUGAUGGAUGAUACUCUUUUAAGGAUACUACUGCCACAAAAGGUGUUGAAAUGUUGUCCAAUACAGUAAACAGACCAGUGAACUGACAUAUAGACCUACUUUUGUCUGUGUUUCUGUAUUAAUUAUGGAAAUCCCUAGCUUGUGUUUUGCAUUUUGAUUUUGGUUAAGUCUUCCCUCAGUUUAAACCCAAGAGUACAAAUACCAUCUUUUUCUUACCAACCAGACCAAUGGCAAAUUUAGUUCCCAAGUACCAAAGGAAUUCCAAGAUUUAUCAAAAGAAAGGAUUUGGGAGAAAUCGCUGUGCUGACUUCUUGCUUUAAAGAUGGUUUUACAGAAUGCAUCAUCCUCUCUAAAAGGAAAUGUGAGGCAGUAGUAAAAAAUGGAGCUUGGAAGGGCUUGCGUCUUUUAAAAAAAGAUGUGUGUAACAUCAGGAUGUGAGAAUGACCAUGGAAAAUAAAAUACUUGUUUUCCUUUUCUGACAGUCCAGUUGGUACAUGGAACAUAUCAUAAGAUUUACUGGCUGAACUACAAUGUUUUUGGUAGCUUAAAAUAACAGCAGACAGCUUUGCUUAAACCACAGCCUUUUUUGAACAUGUGUAAAACAUCUGUCCAGUGUCUUUAAUACAGGAGAAAUAGUAAUACAAUGAUGACUGCAUAAAACUUUUGACACACAAGUUGUGAAGUUGGGGUUACAGUUUCUACUUCUCAUUAGUCUGCUUCACUGCUGCAGAAACAUUAAAGAGUUUGUUACUGUUGACAUAAA